GCGAUGGAACAGGUUCGGUCUUCGGUCUGCAGGAUGGAGGAGCAGCAGCAAGAAGAGCAGAGCUCCCGUUUCAUCGUCGACAGGGUGGACGCCGACGUCGAGAUGGGCGUCGGCAAUGGCGACGAUGGCGGUGCCGACGACGACAGCCCAUCCAACUCGAUCGGGCAGUACACGUACGUGUACGACACGCGCUAUGCCAAGAGUAUGGGCCAGCUCACCAGGGAAGCCCUGCCGAGGGCCGAAAACUACAAGGACAUCAUGUCCUUCGGCGACUUCCGACCCACCCUCGACGAGCUGCACGAAGGGCAGUUCAGGGAGAAGAAAGCCGAAAAAGAGGAGGUUGUGGUUCAAAAGAAAGGCAAAGUGAUCAAGUUCGGAUGGCUGGAAGGCGUGUUUAUGCGGUGUCUGCUCAAUAUCUGGGGUGUGAUGCUCUUCCUGCGGCUCUCGUGGGUCAUCGGCCAGGCCGGAAUUUUCGAGGGCCUGCUGAUCAUCACCCUGGCCAACGUGGUGACCCUCGUGACGGCCAUCUCCAUGUCGGCGGUGAGCACCAACGGCCAGAUCAGCGCCGGCGGCAUCUACUACAUGAUUUCCCGCGCGCUCGGCCCCGGCUUCGGCGGCGCAAUCGGCCUCAUGUUCACGCUGGCAAACUCGAUCGCCGUCUCCAUGUACAUCGUCGGCUUCUGCGAGUCGUUGCAGGACCUGCUCGCCUCCUACGGCACCGUCCUCAUCGACGGCGCCACCAACGACAUCCGCGUCGUCGGCAUCAUCACGCUCAUUGGCAUCCUCGUGCUCGCUAUUGUCGGCAUGGACUGGGUCACCAGAUUCCAAAUGGCAUUGCUCUUUGUGCUGAUCUUCUCUCAAAUCGACUUCAUCAUCGGCACAUUCUGGGGGCCUUUGGAUGUUGAAGAGCAGGCGAAGGGCUUCGUUGGAUACAGCUCGGAGGUGUUAAAACAAAACUGGGGACCAGACUACCGCGAGUUCGAAGGCGUUCAGCACGACUUCUUCUCGGUGUUUGCCGUCUUCUUCCCCGCCGUGACUGGAAUCGUGGCCGGAGCUAACCUUUCUGGAGAUCUUAAGGACCCUGGUAGUGCGAUCCCGCUCGGAACUCUGUUGGCUAUUGCCGUCACUUUCGUCUCCUAUUUCGGCUACGCCAUCAUGAUCGGCAGCUGCGUCUUGCGUGACGCUUCAGGCAAUGUCACCGAGUAUUUCAUGGGCCUCAACGAAAGCGCCGCUGAUGCUAUGAAAUACGUCAUCAACUGUACUGACCGAGAAUGCAAUUACGGCAUUGAAGUCGACAGCCAGGCCAUGGAGUUGGUGUCCGUUUGGGGACCUCUUAUUUACGGUGGUUGCUUCGCCGCCACCCUUUCAUCCGCCAUCGCCAGUUUGGUCGGCGCUCCUCGCGUCCUACAGGCCCUGGCCAAGGACAAACUUUACCCCAUGAUCGGCUACUUCGCCGAAGGCUACGGCGCCAACAACGAUCCCGUUCGUGGAUACGUCCUCGUCUUCAUCAUCUCAUUCGCCUGCAUUUUGAUCGCUCAACUGAACGCAAUUGCUCCGUUGCUGUCUAACUUUUUCCUUGCGGCGUACGCUCUCAUCAACUUCUCAGUGUUCCACGCAACUAUUUCUAAAACACCGGGUUGGAGACCUUCAUUUAAGUAUUAUAACGAGUGGGUAAGCUUAGUCGGCACGAUUUUGUGCAUCAUCGUGAUGUUCCUGAUGUCCUGGGGAACCGCCCUCAUCACCUUUGCCACCGUCGUUUUCCUGUACCUUUACGUCUCCUACCGAAAACCAGACGCAAACUGGGGCUCGUCUGCUCAAGCGCAGUCAUACAACUCUGCUCUGAAGGGCAUGCAGGAGUUGAACAGCGUGGAGGAGCACGUCAAAAACUACCGUCCACAACUCUUGGUGCUCACUGGCAUGCCGGGCGCGCGACCUCCGCUCGUGGACUUCGCCAACCUGAUCACCAAGAAUGUGUCCCUCCUCAUCUGCGGCCACGUGCUCCUGGGUAACCAUAACCAGCGUAUCCACGAGCAUUUGAGGGCCAAAGCCUUGUCCUGGCUGCAAAGGCACAAAACCAAAGGGUUCUUCGCCAUGGUUGAAGAUCCAUCCUUCGAAGGGGCCUCCCAGUCCCUGAUGCAGCUGGCCGGGCUGGGAAAACUGAAGCCUAAUCUCAUGCUCAUGGGUUAUAAGGGAGACUGGAAUUCCUGUCACAGAGAGGAACUCAGGGCGUACUUCAACGUCAUUCACAAUGCUUUCGAUCGUCACUUGGCUGUCGGAAUUCUGCGGCUACGAGAGGGCUUGGACUACUCGAACGUCGUCGUGGAGGAAGAACAGAGGGAGACGAAGAAGUUGCAAUCAGGGUCUCCAGGGCUCGUGUGGAUCAAAGAAAGGGUUAAUCAGUGCCGUUAUUUUGACUGCGACGGCUCCAGCAGCGACAGCAGCCACGACCCGGCCAAGGAGCCGCUGAAGAAGAAGGACAAGAAGAGAAACUCUUCCAGCUUUGCCUACACUGGCCCAGGCGGCCAGCCGCUGUCCAAGGAGGUCAUCAACAGUCUCACCCAGUUCUCACGCAAGCAGCGAAAGGGAACCAUUGACGUUUGGUGGCUUUACGAUGAUGGAGGUCUUACACUUCUCAUUCCGUACAUUCUGAGCCAAAGGAAAAUAUUCGCCGGCUGCAAGCUCCGCAUUUUCGCCCUUGCUAACAAGAAGAAUGAGUUUGAACAGGACCAAAGAAAGAUGGCGGCUCUCCUCUCCAAAUUCCGUAUCGAGUACUGCGACGUGAUCGUGAUCCCUGAUAUCGCGAAGAAGGCGCUUGAGUCGACGAAAAGGGAUUUUGAAUCCCUGAUCAAGCCUUUCAGGGUUACUGACGGUGACACGAAUGCUCCCGAUGAUGAAAUUUGCAUCCGCGACUCGGAGCUCAAAGCUCACAUGGAGAAGACGAACCGGCACCUGCGACUCAGGGAGCUGCUCCAGAAACACUCCCGCGAGGCCACUUUUGUUGUCAUGACUCUGCCGAUGCCGAGAAAGGGAACCGUUUCGGCGCCGCUGUACAUGUCGUGGCUGGAGAUGAUGACCAAGGACAUGCCUCCAUUCCUCAUCGUGCGCGGCAACCAGACGUCUGUGCUCACGUACUACUCUUAAAAAGGUCGACCAUUCCACGCGAAUCAAGAGAAGUUUUGAGGCUAAUAGCCACUGUAGCUUGGAUGAUGAAAAAUCGUGCUCAAAAGUGUCAAAAUUAGUAUUUUUGAAAACAAUAAUUCACAUUCCUAUCGAGAGAAUAAAAAAUAACACAAGAGCGUACAUGUCGUAACGCGCGAUUUGUUUGUGUAAAUGAUAUUCUAGCCUAAAAACGUCAAUGCGAGAGUUGUUACUGUGUUUUUAGAGAUUUAUAAGACGAGGUGCUGCUAAAAUGUAGAUCUGAAGACCCGGUGCUUUUGUCUGUUGUACAAUCAAACUAAAGAUUAACAAAAUAUACAACCUUCACAAUAUUACCAUAUUGUUCCCAAAAGAAUAAAAGUGUUUUUUGAACCUA